AUGAUAAUAGAAUAUUUCAAAAGUGGCUAUACACUCUACUUGAACUCUGGACUUAGCUCUUCGCGCAAUCAUUAUGGCCAACGAGUGGUAACGAGAGAAGCAGACUUAGUGACGGCUCAUGAGUUAGGACACAACUGGGGUUCAGAGCACGACCCGGAUUUACCCGAAUGUAGCCCACCUGCUUCGCAAGGCGGUUCCUACUUGAUGUACACUUACUCAGUUUCGGGUUAUGACGUGAAAAACAAGAAAUUUUCGCCUUGUUCUUUGAGAUCUAUACGAGCUGUUCUGCUUGCAAAAGCUGGCGGUUGCUUCACUGAACCUGAAGAAUCAUUUUGCGGCAAUUUACGCGUGGAAGGAAAAGAGGAAUGUGAUGCCGGACUAUUGGGUUCUGAGGAUAACGACAGUUGCUGCGAUAAGUUUUGCAACUUAUGUCGCAACCAGGAUGCUGUUUGCAGCGAUAAAAACUCUCCCUGGUGUAAAAAUUGCAUGUUAAUGCCAGCCGGCCAAAAAUGUCGUGAGGCUCAAAGAGCCACCUGUGAACAAGAGGCUAAGUGCACAGGUACCAGUUCUGAGUGUCCAGCCUCGGCACCACAACCAGACGGUACCGAAUGCUUAGAAAAGGGUCAAUGUCGUAACGGAACUUGUCUGCCAUUCUGCGAAACACAGAACUAUCAGUCGUGCAUGUGUGAUACCGUCGCAGACGCAUGCAAGCGUUGCUGCCGUUAUCACCUCAAUGAUACUUGCUUUCCGUUUGAGCCCCACGAUAUUCUGCCUGACGGCACACCAUGCGUUCAUGGGUUCUGUAAUAGCGGGAUCUGUGAGAAAACUGUUCAAGAUAUUGUGGAACGAUUUUGGGAUAUCGUUGAGGAACUGAACAUUAACCGCGUUUUAUCAAUGCUAAAAGACAACCUAGUUGGAGCCGUGCUAAUUGUAUCAACUCUCUUGUGGAUACCAGCAUCCUGUCUUAUCAGCUGGGUUGAUCGCAAACGUAAGCGACAGUUAGAGACAGAGGAAGCCUGGCUGAGAUCAGGUGAGCUGAUCCAUCCAUCAGAAAAUGGAACUCGUCGAAUCAUACACGCCCGUCCUCGCCCUUCACAGCAACAACGUUAGAGAAGAUAGGUUUUCCUGCCUGUUUUGUAUUGCGAUGCGAUUCAACUUUUCGUAUAUUGUACAAGCAUUGCAAUCUUCGUUAACCCUUAUUUAUUUGCUUGUAUUUUAUAAUUAAAAUCCCAUCUAACGAUACGAGGUUUGCAUUUCUCAAUCAAUUGCCAGUUAGAGGGGCGAGUUGAAAAUCCUCAUUUAUUCCGUUCAAUCGUACUUGUGUCUGCCCUUUUUUGCUAUGAUUUACAUGACUUUUGUCUGUUUUGUUUCUAGUCACAUAAGUGUUUCGUGUAAGUGACUCACCAUCUGUGUAUGCAAAACACUGAAUAAAUGUUAAUUCUUUCUGAGA